AUGCCAAUCCAAUUGUCAGAUUUUCAAAAAAUCGGACUGGGCCUGUCCAUCUUUGGUGUGGGCUUCAUUUUCCUAGGAAUGAUCAUGCUCUUCGACAAAGGUCUACUUGCGGUCGGAAAUAUCUUAUUUCUGGCUGGUUUAAUUAAAGCAACUGCACUUUUCUUCGGCGGUAUCGCUAUUGUUCUACUCGGAUGGCCAUUAAUUGGAAUGAUCGUUGAAGUUUACGGGUUUUUUCUUCUCUUUGGUGGUUUCAUUCCUAUUGCUAUUAAUUUCCUUCGAAGGCUACCAAUUAUUGGUUCGCUUCUACUACUACCUGGCAUACGACAGGUUGUUGACCGACUGUGUGAGACUAGAUCAAUGGUAUAA